GGAAGGAAUAUUUGUCUAGUCUCUCAAUUCUCCUUUAGAUAGUAUCAUCAACAGUCGAAUCUGAGAUAGCAUUGAGUAUGUGUCGUGUAAAAAGCUCAGCUCGUAGGAUUUUUCGCUUUUCAAUUUUUCUGCACCUUGCUGACUAAUUAUGAAAAACCAAACCAUUUUCACCUUUGCCAACUAGUCGUAUGAUGCACGACAGUAAUUGAAACAGUUUGAUUGUAGUUCUAUAUCCCCCGUCGGUGAUAGUGAUUAUCAAAGUGAUUAAAAAGGGAAGAUAUAUAUAUGCAAAAGAAGAUUGUCCCUGGUGAUUGAGUAGGGAAUUAACUGGUUACAAUGAGGGUUUCGUGCUUAUGAGCAUGCAUCACACAAUAAGAUAUGAUUUAGUGCAUUCGGUGUGAAUCCAAGCUCUUGGUGAGCUGAACAUAAUGUUCACAUUAUUUUGGAAUAUCGGAAAGCAAAUACCCUACUAUUAAUGCAAAUUCGACAAAAACGUGUUGAAGCGCUCUAUAUCACUAGCGCUAACAUGGCGUUAUACACUUCAAAAGGAUAUAAUUCGGAUAGCAAAUAUGCAUUGACACAGCUGGCUGAUGACAGAAGGAUGAAAAUCAGACACUAAGUGCUCAGUCGUACCCAGCGUCUCCAAGAAAGAAAGGAAAAAUUUUCGUUCAAGCGUACGAGCAUUAUCACUGGUGCCGUCACCGAAAGCAAUCGAACCAGUAUGAAAAGAGUUCUGAUAUUAUGCAGAAAGUUCCAGCGCCAUACAACCUCGGUCAAGAUGAAGUUCACUUCGCUCCGUGCUCCAUUCAUCCGAGCCACCAGCACCUGAUACAGCUCAACUUCGAGCCACCGUUUAUUGUUUCAGGCAAAGAAAGCUUUAUCACCACAAUACAACUGAUGUGUCACUUUUUUCUAUGCCUCGUCGUCAGUUGUGCUACCGUCAGAGUAAAUUUGGUUUACUCCAAUAAAGCGAUGACAACCAACGUCGUAACUCAUCAUACUGACGAAAAGAAACAAUCACAAUGUUUCAAGAGUAUAUUAAUCAAAACUUACCUCCUUCCUCGAAGAAUAGCGCUGCGAAUUUCAUCCAUCUUCACAUUUAUGAAUACCACUCUGAAAUUCUAUUCACCGCGAACCUAUAAAUACCGCUGUACUGUCUUAAAUAAACCUUCUGAAAGCUUCACAAUUGAAUCAAAAACAGAUGAAUUUAAUAUAACCAUCAGACUAAGCGACGAAAUAUCAGAGGAAUCGGAAAAUAAGGUAGCUUUACAAUCAGAAGUUGUAGUACAAGGAAGAAAGAGUUGUAUAGUUCUGAGAAUAUAUUCAAGAACUACCAAAUAUAAUUAUGAUUGUGUGCAGUACGAAGCAUCUUUUGCUACAUACCAUAAUAUUGAACAUAAUGAGCUAAUCAUUAAUAAGCAGCACAAACAUAUUGUGAAUGGAAUUGAUUACAUGCGUAAGGAAUUUACAAUACAUAUUUACAACAACUCAACAUGGGCAUACGACGUCUUCUAUAUUGUUGAAUGGAUAGAUUAUAGGAUUUACAUAGCAAUCAUUAAUGAUAGCAACUGUAAUAUAGUAUGGUCGAGUAAUCGUUCAGGUGACCGUUACAUGAAAAUUGUAAUCACAUUGAAUGUCGGAUGUACAACGAGAACAAUUGAUGGAACCUGUUUUUAUCAUACAAAACGGAAUGCUGGCACUCGUAAAAAGUACACUUCUUCAAGCCGGUUCCUCAAAACAACUACCGCAAUAUUCACGAUGAUAACAUGGAUGUUCUUAUUUGUGAAAAAAUGUAAGGACUUGCAUUUCAAACUACAAAUGCUUCUCAUUCUGUCCUUGUGCGUACCUAUCGUAUCUGCAGCCUACCAGAACAAUAAAUACAGUACCAACAUUAUCAAAACAAAAUAUGGGCCUCUGAGAGGUAUAGUGCUACACUCCAAUCCAAUUGUAGAAGCUUUCCUCGGAGUACCAUAUGCUUCACCACCAAUCGGGAGCUUACGCUACAUGCCUCCGGUAACACCAUCUACGUGGAAAACCACCAAAUUGGCCGAUAACUUUUCACCGGUAUGCCCCCAAGCUUUACCCAAACUGUACGGUUCAGACGGCCUUUUUGAACAUACUCGUGGGCGAUUGGCCCAUUUAAGACGUCUUCUGCCACUGUUGUCCAAUCAAUCUGAAGAUUGUUUGUACCUAAAUCUUUAUGUACCAAGAUCUGGUGAAUCCGUGGAACCUGAUGGAACAACCAAAGCAACAAUAGUGUACAUACACGGCGAAUCAUACGAAUGGAACUCAGGGAAUCCAUAUGACGGUUCCAUACUAGCAUCAACUGGCAAUGUGAUCCUUGUAACGAUAAAUUUUAGGCUAGGAGUAUUAGGUUUUUUGAAAACAGGAGCAAAAGGAAGUGCUCAAGGUAACUUCGGACUUAUGGAUUUAGUAGCAGCUCUGCACUGGCUACGAGAAAAUCUGUCAGCUUUUCAUGGCGAUCCAUCACGAAUCACACUGAUGGGUCACGGCACUGGAGCAUCAUUAGCAAACAUUUUAGUAGUUUCCCCUGUAGCUAGCGAUCUAAUUCAUCGAGUAAUUUUAUUAAGCGGAUCAGCACUGUCACCUUGGGCGAUUCAAAGGGAUCCAUUAGCAAUUAAACAAAUUGUUGCCAAUCAAACUAGGUGCAAACUUGACUUGUUGAUGGAUGAUUUAGCUCCGUGCCUGAGAACCAAAUCUGUCCCUGAGCUGCUCCGAAUCAUUCCACCCAAUCCAAGAUUUCUACCCGGAUAUGCCCCAUUUGUGGACGGUACCGUGAUUAUCAACCCAAGAACAGCGAACAUUCGCUUACCUACAUUACCACUAGGAUCAGCAAUUACAAGCACUAAUGGAAUCGAAUUCGCGAAUUUCCCAACAGCCGAAUUAUUAUUUGGAUUGACGUCUUAUGAAUCGUACAACGACCUUAGCGCUCAAGAUAUGGAAUUUGGCUUCAAUGAAACAAGACGAGAUCGAAUACUUCGCACGUACGUACGGAACGUGUUUCAUUUUCAUUUGAAAGAAAUUUAUUCAACACUACGGAAUGAGUAUACGGACUGGGAACACCCACCUCGAAAUCCGCUAGGACAUCGUGACACUAUCCUGGAACUAUUGAGUGAUGGUCACACAGCGGCGCCAUUAGUGCGUUUGGGCUACUUACACAGCUUGCUAGAAGGAAAAUCAUACUUUUUACACUUUAGACAUCAAUCCGAUGAACGUGACUUUCCUCAGCGUGGAGGUUCUGUCCGUGGCGAAGACGUGCCUUUCACUUUUGGACUUCCACUGUCGCCACUAUUUUCAUCAAACUAUUCACUGGAGGAUAAACAAAUAAGUCAAAUAUUAAUGCGAUAUCUGACCAAUUUUGCUAAAACAGGCAUGCCUAAUGGACUAAAUACGCAAAAUGUCAAUGACAUAUCUCAAGAUGACCAUGGAAGCACGAGAAACAUGCACAAUGGAAAAAAUCAUCAUCGCUACAAACGUUCGAAUUUUAAAUUCCCUUUUCGUGACGAACAAAUACCGCCUGGUUUCUUGAAUAACAAACUCUUGAAAAGUCUUUAUCAAAGUAACAUCAACACCAGCUACUUCGAUAAUGACAGCAACGAAGAAUUUAACAGCAAUAAGGACAACGACAGCUGGGGUGACACUAUAAACACUUUGGUAGAUGAUCCUGAGGAAAUUGAUGUCAUGCAUGAUAGUCCAGGUUAUGGGAGACGGGAAUCAUAUGAUGAAAAUGAUAGUGAUGAUAAUGAUAGCUAUGAUAGUAUGAACAGAGAAACUCUUCUCAACCUGGAAAAAUGGGAUAUGUAUGAUUCCAUCAACCAGAUUUACUUGGAGCUAGGUAAGUCUGGAUGCAGUGCAACGGCGCGGAGUCAUUACCGUGGGCACAAGCUGUCGAUGUGGUUAAGUCUCAUACCGCAGCUCCAUUCGUUUGACGAUGCUGCAUAUCUUCCAAUGCGGCACCACCAUUUUACCGAUGACAAGCCGGAGUACUAUGAUGGAAGGUUGAAAGAACCACGAAAUAUUACACUACCUAGGCUUAUCACAAUUGCGAAAACCACUACCAAGCCACAUAAGACUGAAACAAACGCUGUGCCAUUCGCACAAACCAUACCAACAGAAUGCCCACCAAAUAUGACUGUAAUGCCGCCAAUAGCAGCAACGUAUCCGCAGCGCAACCAGAUGGGGACAGCGGAUAAUAGCAAAGAACUAAUCAAUCAAUUGGCCAACUCACAGUACCAGAACUACUCGACAGCAUUUAACAUCACCAUUGGUGUGGGAUGUUUUCUACUUCUGCUAAAUGUAAUCAUUUUCUCUGCAAUUUACUACCAGAGAGAAAAACAUGCAAACCUCAAUAAACAAAAGGAUAACUCAUUGUCAGAGGAUUCCUUACACGAGGGAAUUUCUACCGCAGAAAGCCGAUUUGAGCAACAGAACGUUAUGAGAAAUUCAGAAAAUGAUUCCAUUGGUUCUAAAUCGAACUUGAAACUUCAAAGUGUAUCUGGUGUAGCCUCACUAAAUGAAUACAAUUGCUAUGAACAAGGUCCGGAUUCAAAGAAAAAAUGUAUAAUCGUUGACGUUUGUAGUUCAGAGCUUCCAUUAAAAGAAUAUCCCUACACUUCUCCAAGAGGAUCUACAACUGGCAGUAUACGUUGCUCAGUGACCCCAGAAACUUAUAAAAAAAUAUCACUCGAAAAUCUGGCAGCGGUUCCACAGGCGUAUUCAUCGCAACCAUCAUCGAUGUCAGAUUCAUCUUCACUUACAGUCAGUACGUAUCACCCUAUGCGGCAAAAUGCUUCAACAAUCACAGGCGACCAAUGUACCCAAUCUGAGCAAACGUGUCUACCGGAAACACAAGAAAUAGGCACCACUGUCAACGAAGUGGAUCUAGAAUAUAGCUCUAUGAUGAUGGAAACGUCACAAAUCAACCGUUCUGCAGGAUUUCAAGGAGGUAUUCUUCGGCAGCAAACUGGUUCCGUCAUUCAUGGAACUGCCAAAAAACGUGUUCAAAUACAGGAAAUAUCUGUAUAAUGUACAAAGCAGAUCGUUCUUCCGAAAAUUUCAAUAAUACGAUUUCUACGCAAGCAGCGUUAAUGUACUACAAUAAUCGACUAAUAAGUGUACAUAAUUGUAGUUUUUUUGGUACCUAUCGUAAGAAUUCACCAAUUAAACUGAAUAUUUGUGAAUAGAAAUGAAACACAGUG